AUAAGACCAUUGCAAUGGCGGAGGCUGUUUCCUUGCGCCCAGCCUUGUAGCAUAGCAUAGUUGUAUAAUAAUAAAAUAAUUUUACUUUUUCAUUUUUACCCUCUGAUCUACUAGUAGCAUUAUCAAUCUUCUAGGGUUGGAGGCGUGCAUUUAAUCGGAAAUCAUCAAUCCGAUCGAUUACCAUACUAGGGUUUCCCACCAUUGUUGAUCGUCGCGCCAAUUCUCCGUAUCCAUGUUCGAUUUGUAGAAACAUUUCUCCUUUCUCUUUGCGAUUUUCGGAUUUGUUGAUAAUAAAAUAGCAUUAUAGAAGAACGAAGAUCAAGAUAUAACGUCUGGAUUCGGCAUAGGAGUUCCCUCUAGAAAUCGUACUCUGUGUGUGCAAUUACAAACAGUGCGUGAUGGAUAAAAAGGUUGCGGCGCCGCUUGUUUGCCACGGCCACUCCCGGCCUGUUGUUGAUUUGUUUUAUAGCCCCAUUACUCCUGAUGGAUUUUUCCUCAUCAGCGCCAGCAAAGAUUCGACCCCUAUGUUGAGAAAUGGGGAAACUGGAGAUUGGAUCGGAACCUUUCAAGGACACAAAGGUGCUGUAUGGAGUUGCUGUCUUGACAAAAAUGCUAUCCGUGCAGCAUCUGCAUCUGCCGAUUUUAGUGCAAAAUUAUGGGAUGCAUUAACUGGGGAUGAAUUACAUUCAUUUGAUCAUAAGCACAUUGUUCGGGCAUGUGCCUUUUCAGAUGAUACACAUCAUUUACUCACUGGGGGUUAUGAAAAACUUCUUCGUAUAUUUGAUCUGAACCGGCCAGAUGCUCCUCCUAGAACAAUUGAUAGUUCUGGUACAGUUAGGACAGUUGCUUGGUUACACAGUGAUCAAACAAUCUUAAGUUCCUGCAGUGAUACUGGUGGAGUUAGGAUGCAACAAGGGUCACCAUGGUCCUGUGCACUGUGUGCGUUUCUCUCCAGGGGGAGAGUCUUAUGCUUCGGGGUCGGAAGACGGAACAAUAAGGAUUUGGCAGACAUGUCCGCAUGAUAUGAAUGCGGCAGAAACUUCUGCUAAUGGGCCAAAUGACAACGAGGGUGUUGCUGAUCGGGUCGAACAGUUGCACAUUGGGGAGGCAGGGAAGAAGCUUGAUGAGAAUGGGAGUCAUGCAGAUAAUGUUUUGACCAAGGCAGCACAGGCCAUGCAGUCUUAAUUUUCUUCAACUGUUUUAUUUUUUUUUCUUUUCUUUCUUUUUUUUUGCAAUGGCUGGAAACCUGGUAAGUGAUCAAGUGAGUUCGUCCAGUUUCCAAGGAUAUUACCUUCCUGAAUAACAAGACAUUUUAGAAAAGUAGUAUGGAGUAUGUCUUCUUCCAAAAGAUGAAAUCGCUCACUCUAAGUGCUCCUCACGACCUCACCCCUCCUCAUCCUUGCCUGACGGGAUUGUGAGAGGAGUUAAAUGUCAACCAAUAAAGAAGAAUUCUACUCAAUCAUUCCAUUUCAUAAUAUUCCAACAAAAAAACACCAAGUUAAAAAAAAACACCAUACAAACAACCCAUCUUCAUCUCCAUUAUUUUAGUGUAAUUUUAUCUUUUUAAAAUGAAGUAUUGUAUGGUUU